GAUUUGAUAUUGGAAAAAAUCAUUUCAUUGCUAAAAUACCAACUAAUAAUAGAAAUCAAAUGUGUAUGCAGUAAUGCUUCUCCUUACCCCCAAGUGCCAAGCUUUGUGAAUGCUGAGAUCUAUUUUACUGUAUUUGAAUGAUAAUGGUUAACAGACUUUCUCCUGUGUCAAUUCACAGGAAUGUGUCACACAACUGAAUAUGAGGGAACUACUAUCAGUUGGCAUGAAUGGCCCCAAUGUGAAUUUCAAGUUGUUGGAUCUUCUCCAGAAAGAGCAUGCAGAGCUCUAUGGAGGUGCUCAGGUUGUCACUGUUGGAAGCUGUGGACUUCACACCCUCCACAAUGCUUUAAAGGCAGGCUUUACUAUGUGGCAGUUGGAAAACUUCUGCGAGCCAUGCACUUCCUCUUUCAUAAUGUUCCUGCCAGGAGGGAAGACUUCACUAACCUGACAGGGUCCUCUUGCUUUCCCUUACCAUUUUGUGGCCAUAGAUGGGUUGAAAAUGUUCCUGUGGCAGAAAGAGCAGUUGAACUUUGGCCAGUGCUUAAGACGUAUGUGGAUGCUGCAGAGAAAAAGAGGGUUCCAGUUCCCUGUACAGCCUCAUAUGACACCAUUGUAGCAGCACAAAAGGAUCUUUUCAUUAUUGCAAAACUCCAGUUCUUUCUGGCAAUUGCAAGGACUUUCAACCCCUUCUUGACAAAGUUCCAAACUGAUGAGCCAGUGUUGCCCUUCUUGGCCAAAAAGUUGACUGAGCUUCUGAUGAGUUUACUGAGGCGGUUUGUUCAACGAGAGCUGCUCCAGGACCUCACACCCCUGCAGCUGAUCAAAAUAGAUCUGACGGAUGAAAAGAACUUGGUCUCCCCUAAGAGUGUAGACAUAGGCGUGGGUGCUGAAUCUGCCAUCAAGGAACUUCAGAGCAAACCAGGAUGCAAAGUUGGUGAGCUUUCUGUGCUCACCUUCAGGCGAGAGUGUUUGCAGGGCCUGGUUAAGGUGAUUGUGAAGUUACAGGAGAAAAGUCCCCUGAAAUUCCCAGUGGUCAGGCAGAUGGCAUGCCUGGAUCCUGGAAAGAUGCACCAAGGUCCUGAUUGGUGCAUCAGGCAAAUGAAAAGUAUAGUCCAAACAUUCUUCCAGGGCAAGCAGCUGGCAGGUGGCAUCCCAGCUG